AACAUGCGGACGAACUCAUUUGCAAUUUUUUGCCAACUCUCCCUCGUCGACAGCAUGCAGCAAGGACAGCCGCACAACCUCAGGAUCGCUCAAGACCAGGAGCACAGCAUCAUAGUCAACGCUCUCAAGCAUGUCAUGUCCGGGUCCGGGGAUGGCCCCGCGCAGCCCCAGCCGAUCCCGGCCUUCCAACCGUCCACGUCGCCGCUGCUCCCCUCCGCUGGCGGGGCCGACCCGGACCUGCUCUCCCUUCCCGACCUGGCCGCGUGCCAGGUGUGCAGGAUCAACGGCUGCCUCGGGUGCAACUUCUUCGCGCCGGGCAGAGCAGCCGCGACUCCGGCGGCGGCGCGGGGCGGCGGCGGUGACGACGCGGAGGCGCUCGGACUGAGCCAGAGCAAUAAGAACGCCGCGGGCAGGAAGAGGAAGGGCUUCUACCGGGGGGUGAGGCAGAGGCCGUGGGGGAAGUGGGCGGCAGAGAUCCGGGACCCACGGAAGGCGGCGCGGGUGUGGCUCGGGACGUUCGAGACGGCGGAGCAGGCGGCUCGCGCCUACGACAGGGCGGCCCUCGAGUUCCGCGGCGCGCGGGCCAAGCUGAACUUCCCGCAGCCGCUGCCGCCGAGCGAGUGCGCGAGUACUACCCUUAUCAAUAAGGGUGGGGAGAUCAUGGAGGAGGGCGAGGCCAAUCGGAUGACGAAAGCGACGGCGGAAGCGGAAGAGAAUGACAAUGCCAGUAAAGGAGCUCCGUCGCUCGAGCGCGAUGACGAGAGAGGAGUGAGCGAGUUCUGGGAGAAGCUCGAGAAGGAGGAGCUCACGGAGUGGGCGGUCAUGCACUUGCCUCCAUGAACGUAAGAGAAGGAGAAAUUGCAUGGUUUGCGGCGACCCCGUGGUCAGAUGUCAUUUGAAUCAUAGAUUACCGCGGUGCCAUCGGGGCUACACCUAACCGACGAUUCAUAUGGACCCGAUCUACGCGAUCGUCCGUGCCAUGCAACGUGCUUUUCAUGAACAAAGCCGUCGUGCCCAAAAAGGUCAAGAAGAGGAAGAAGAAGAAUAAAAGAAAGAGUGAAAAAGUAGUGGUUAGUAGGACAAAUCGAAGUUACAAUGUUUGUAUUCUACUCCCUUUCAUUGAUGAUUCAUUUCGCUCUUUUUUUUUUC